UACUUAUUUUGUAGGUGGUGGAAAGAUUUGGAUUUUGUGACAACACUUCCAUAUGCUAGGGAUAGAGUAGUGGAAUGCUACUUUUGGACGCUAGGGGUGUAUGAUGAACCUCAAUAUUCUCAAGCCCGUGUCAUGCUUGCUAAGACUAUAGCACUCACUUCGAUAGUAGAUGACACAUACGAUUCUUAUGGAAUCGUAAAAGAACUCGAGGUCUACACCGAUGCCAUACAAAAGUGGGAUAUUAGUCAAAUUGACCGACUCCCAGAAUACAUGAAAAUCAGUUAUAAGGCUCUUUUGGAUCUCUAUGACGAUUAUGCAAAGGAGUUGUCAAAGGAUGGUAGAUCUUAUGUUGUCCACUACGCAAAAGAAAGAAUGAAGGAGAACGUGAGAAAUUAUUUUGUUGAAGCAAAAUGGUUUAUUGAGGGAUAUAUGCCAUCUGUUUCCGAGUACCUUAGCAAUGCACUAGGUACCAGCACAUCUUACUUGCUAACUACGACAUCCUACCUGGGAAUGAAGUCAGCUACCAAGGAAGAUUUCGAGUGGUUGGCUACAAACCCUAAAAUUCUUGUAGCUAAUGCUACAUUAUGCCGAGUUGUUGAUGACAUAGCCACGUAUGAGGUUGAGAAGGGUAGGGGCCAAAUUGCAACAGGAAUUGAGUGCUAUAUGAGGGAUUAUGACGUAUCGACAGAAGUAGCAAUGGACAAAUUCCAAGAAAUGGCUGAGAUAGCAUGGAAGGAUGUAAAUGAAGAAAUUCUUCGUCCAACACCAGUCUCUACAGAACUUCUUACUCGUAUCCUCAAUCUCGCUCGUAUUGUAGAUGUCACUUACAAGCACAAUCAAGAUGGAUACACUCAUCCAGAAAAAGUUCUAAAACCUCACAUCGUCGCUUUCUUGGUGGACUCCAUUGAGAUCUAAACCGUUGAGUCUUUCUUCGUUAGUACCCUUGACCCCGAGGUUGAACCUACUUUUCUUUAGUAUACAAAUAAAACUGCAGAACUUACCGGUAAAGUUUCAAAAGAAGGCUCCAUAAUGCGAACAAAUAGUGGUAAGGAGCGUCUCUUAACAUUGUUCGGUGAAAAGAACAAAUGUCCUUCAUAUUAUGCGUAUAAAUAAUAUCUUUGUUGCAACCAAUAUGUAUGUAUGCAUGUAAUAAGUCUGCUUUAAGAUAAUACUAUAUCAAUUUGGGGUUUAAACUAUGUUAUUGACUAUGACCAUUUCAUUAUUUUAGCAA